UGGCGCUUAUGCACCUUGCGCUCAUUUUCCCAUCACCUCGUAUGUCAACUAGAGCGAAAGCGACGCUGGCUGCAUCGCUCGCAUUUUCCUCCUUCAUUAUAUGGGCAGUUCAUUACCAGCAAUCAAGAGAGCGGGAGGACAUGUUCCAAGGUGUCAUUCGUGAUGACGUUCGUCGACUAGAGAAAAUGCGGCAGCGCGAGGAAGAGUUCCGCGAAUCCUCUCGCAAGCGAGAAAUGUAUGAACAAGUACAGAAAGUCGUAUCAAGUGACCGUGACCAGUCAAACAAGAUUUGACCCCUGCGUGUCCCUGGUCCCAAGACGGCCAUAGGAGAAGCAUGGCUGCAUGGAUCACCAUGUUGUAUCCUAUUAGGGGACCCGUAACACUGCGGCAAUGUAUAUCCUAUUUCCAUUCGAAGGCCGAAAUUAGACCUGCCCACAUUCGUUGUCCUUAUCAAUUUGAAAGUCGAACCCUUCUCCGCAGGCCGCGUUCCCACCUGCGGUGCUCUCGACUCUGAUGACUGGUCUAAUCUACAAAGUAGCAUGAACUUCUUGUAUUUUUGAAGGGCCAACAGCAAGCAAUCACUAAGGAAGCUCUUAUCUUAGAUUCUCGUGAGUGAAUGGUGCACAGUGAUCCAAUCGUUGAAUCACUACUAUGUUUUGGCCCAUGAACAAGUACAU